GUUCUCUGUUGGAUUUCCCUAGUGGGUGCUUUCCUGAAAUCUUCUUCUGCGGUCGGGCUUGGGCACCGUCUUUUCUUGCCUUGUCCCUCUAUAAAGGAAAUGAUAUUCUUUUCUAACUUUUCCAUUCCAUGCUAGUAGUUGAAUACUCAUUGCUUCGUAAAGGAUUGUUGAGGCCUUUCCAACUCCUGUAAUCAACACCAGGGGAAAGAAAAAAAAAGAGGGUGAUUCAGAUGCAACCUAAGAGGUGCCACAAACGCAAAUGCGGUAUUAGAUUCGCUGAGUAGAUAUGUUUAUCUCAACUCAACCCAAUUCUGUGGUCAUCUUACCGUCCUUUUUCUUGCAAAAAGUUAUAGCCAAUCAUCUUAAUUGUCUCAGUGGAUUAGGUUAGGUUGUCAAUAUAUUCUAUGCCCACUUGGGAGGCAUAUUGAUAUUGAUAUAGAUGGUUAUAUAUGCCCAAGAACACAUCCUUAAAUAGUCAUUCUUGGGCCCUUUGUGCUCGAUAAGCGCUGUUUUCCUCAUAGCUGGAGGCCAAGGAAUAGGAAUUUUGCAUCGGAAAGGGAGUUGUAGCUACCGUCUUUGCGCGCCGUGAUCCAGAAGCUUACGGAAUCCAACUUUUUGUGCUGUAUACAACUCUGCAAGUCAGUUGGAUGCAGAUUACAAGUCUGCUGUUUCAGUGGUCUGUUCGGGUUCAUCGGAGAUGGACUUCUUCAGUGAAUAUGGCGAUGCUAAUAGAUACAAAAUUCAGGAAGUCAUCGGUAAAGGGAGUUACGGUGUCGUCUGUUCAGCUAUUGACCAACAUACUGGCGACAAGGUGGCAAUCAAGAAAAUACACAAUAUCUUUGAGCAUUUAUCUGAUGCUGCUAGGAUCCUCCGUGAGAUCAAAUUACUCCGCCUAUUGAGACAUCCUGAUAUAGUUGAGAUCAGGCAUAUAAUGUUGCCUCCGUCAAGGAGGGAUUUCAAGGAUAUUUAUGUCGUCUUUGAGCUGAUGGAUACAGACCUCCACCAAGUCAUCAAGGCCAACGAUGACUUGACCAAAGAGCACCACCAGUUCUUUCUCUAUCAGAUGCUUCGUGCACUGAAAUAUAUUCAUACCGCUAAUGUUUAUCAUCGUGAUUUGAAGCCAAAGAAUAUAUUGGCAAAUGCAAACUGUAAACUCAAAAUAUGUGAUUUUGGGCUAGCACGAGUGGCAUUCAAUGACACUCCCACGACUGUAUUUUGGACGGAUUAUGUUGCUACUAGAUGGUAUAGGGCUCCUGAGCUUUGUGGAUCUUUCUUUACUAAGUAUUCACCAGCUAUUGACAUAUGGAGUAUUGGUUGCAUUUUUGCGGAGAUUUUAACUGGGAAACCUUUGUUUCCUGGUAAAAAUGUAGUUCACCAGUUGGAUUUAAUGACUGAUCUCUUGGGUACGCCAUCACUGGAUACUGUUUCCAGGAUCCGGAAUGAGAAGGCAAGGAGGUACUUGAGUAGUAUGAGGAAAAAACAACCGGUAUGUUUUUCUGAGAGGUUCCCCAAAGCAGAUCCUGCUGCAUUCAAACUUAUGCAGCGGCUUUUAGCAUUUGACCCCAAGGAUAGACCAACAGCAGAAGAGGCAUUAGCUGAUCCAUAUUUUAAAGGCCUUGGGAAGGUAGAGAGAGAACCAUCCUGCCAGCCAAUAUCGAAAUUUGAGUUUGAGUUUGAACGGAAAAAGGUGACAAAAGAGGACGUAAAGGAACUUAUAUUCCGCGAGAUAUUGGAGUAUCAUCCUCAACUUCUCAAGGAUUACAUGAAUGGAACUGAAAAAACGAACUUCCUAUAUCCUAGUGCUGUAGACAAUUUCCGGAGGCAAUUUGCUAACUUGGAGGAAAAUGGAGGGAAGGGAGGGGCAAUCGUUCCAUCGGACAGGAAGCAUGUUUCGCUCCCCAGGACUACUACAGUUCAUUCUACACCAAUUCCUCCAAAAGAUCAGAAGUCUUCCCAGGUUCCCCAAAGGAUUCCAACAGGUAGACCAGGAAGAGUGGUUGGCCCGGUAAUACCAUUUGAGAAUUCAUGUGCUAUGGAUCCUUACAGUCAACGAAGGGUGGCAAGGAAUCCAGUACUUCCUGCAGCUGCUACCAAUGUAUCAGCAUACGCAUACCACCGAAAGUCAGACAGUUCAGAGAGAGAGUUACAGCAGGAGCUUGAAAAAGACCGCAUGCAGUACCAACCGAUGCAGCGUUUCAUGGAUGCCAAGAUGGUCUCCCCUGACUUGAGGUCUACCUCCUAUUACAUGCCAAAGGGUGUCCCAAAAGCAGAUGUAGCAGAAAGGACUGGUUUGCAGCCAAACAUGAUGCAGGGAAUUGCCCCGUUUAAUGGCAUUGCUGCAGUUGGAGGUAGCUACAAUAAGGCCAGUGCUGUUCAGUAUGGAGUUUCAAGGAUGUACUAAAUGAUCUAGUGCAAUGGCUACUUCCAAAAUGCUUGGCUUAGCUGAAGAAAUAACAUGGAAGAAUCGAAGUACUUCCUGAGUUGCCUUAUAGGCUGAAGGUUCAGACAGUGGAUCGAUGAUCUUUGAUCGAGGAGGAAGUUGAUGUCUCGUGAAGAACAAAAAAAAAUAAGAUUAUGCAAAGACAACAUCCUACCUGUUGAUCUAGCUGCCAAGGAAAGAAUGACAUCUGGUAACUUGCUGCUAAGGGGAAAAGCCGAAGUUGGGGGUACAAGAUGAUUGAGGUCUAUGUACUUUGAAAGAACGGAAACAUUUCGGAAUAAUGGAAAUGGUGAACUUCUGUACAUAAAUAACUUGAUUUUUCUUUGUAUUACUGUCGGCUAGAGCUGUCAGUUUUGCUCCAUAUUCAUGUGGCAAUGUGAUUUAUUUUUCUGGGUUUGAAGCACUUAUGCAGUUAUGCUCUGUAGGAGUUCAGCGUUGUAAUACUUUGGAGUAUGUUUAGAUCUGUAAUAGAAUAACAAGACCAAACUUCAGUAAGAUAGAAUGGCAAUGAACAGCUAGUUUUGGGGGUUGUUGGCUCAA